AUGAUCAGGGGGAAUCUUGUCUGGCCUUUGACGGGGAACGUACCGCAGCAGUGGAAGGACGCCACCAUCAAGGUUCUGUUCAAGAAGGGGGACACGAUGGAGUGCGGCAACUACCGGGGCAUCUCUCUCGUUGCACACGCCGGCAAGGUGCUGCUUAAGGUCGUUGCAACACGCCUAAGCCACUACUGCGAGCGAGAGGGCAUCCUCCCGGAGGAGCAGAGCGGUUUCCGCCCACACCGGUCGACGCUCGACAUGCUGUUCGCGAUCCAGCGGCUCCAUGAGCUCGCGAGGAAGAAGAGUACUGCGGUCUUCGCGUGCUUCGUCGAUCUCACCAAGGCGUACGAUUCGGUGGACCGAGAUCUGCUGUGGGACGUGCUCGGACGCUUUGGCGUGCCCCCGAAGAUGCUGGCGGUCAUUCGCCACUUCCACGAGGGCAUGAGGGCGCGGGUUCGAACGGACGACGGGCAGUACUCGGAAUGGUUUGACGUCGGCCAAGGUGUCCGACAGGGGUUGACCGAGUUCGACAAGGACCGCAAGGUGACGGCGGAUAUGAUCAAGAUCGCAACACGAGUGGAGCGAA